CGUAAGGACAUAAAGAGGCCCCGGAUUUUUCCAUACUUUCACGUGGCAGACAUGAACGUCCCUUCUUCCACGCCGCUCUCCACCCCAAAAAUCUCAACGGGAAAGGUAAUAGCGAAGUGUAAAGCGGAAGAAGGCAAAAUUGAUUUCUGAAUCUGUUGUUUGGUUUCGCCUUUCCUUUCCACAUCCCUUCUCGCUCUGUUUCCACAAACCCCAGACUCACUUGAUCAGUCCCCCGAAGCUCACUCCCCAUUGCAGUGAAUGCUUGCAUGCGAAGUGGAAUGUCUCACAGCGCUGUGGGGAUUCUGUAGAUGAGAAAUCGUCCUCUCCUUAUCCGAGAAGAAAUAUUAGUAUCUAAGUAAAGGAAGACCACAUUGAUUGAUUCUGGUAGUAAUGAUGCUCCCGCGCUCUACUCUUUGGAGCAACAGCAUUCCCACUCGGGUUCCCGCACUUGGUGUCCACCCCAUCAUCAUUUCUAGAUCAAAAUCAAGUGAAAGAGCGGCGUCAUCUGUGAAGAGUUGGCAGCAGAGAGUUUUCGUUGGAGUUAGAAAAGAAUUUGGUGACCGUUGCCAAAUGACUGCCUUUGUGCACGCAGCUCGAGAAGGAGAUCAGAGUGUACUAGCUGAGGAGGAAGAAGCAUUUCAGAUGAUUAGGAGUCCAAUGCUGAAAGUUUUCCCGGGUCAGGCACAUCCUUUAGGAGUGUCAGAGGUUGAAAGUGGAACCAAUUUUGCGAUUUUCUCUGAAAAUGCUACUGCCGUUACACUUUGCUUAGUCAUGCAGAGGGGCGUCAAUAACAAACCAGAUCAAGGGAUGAUUGAAAUAUCACUGGAUCCACAAGUAAAUAAGACAGGAGAUAUAUGGCACAUCUGUGUUGAGGAUUUGCCACGUAAUAAUGUCUUAUACGGUUACCGGGUUGAUGGUUCUCGCGAUUGGCAUCAUGGGCAUCGAUUUGAUACUCGCAAUAUUCUACUUGAUCCAUAUGCAAAGUUGGUUGAAGGACGCCGAAUAUUUGCUGAUGCCAACAAUAAGAUGUCUAAAUUUUUUGCGACAUACGAUUUUGAUUGCUUGCCUUUUGAUUGGGGAGAAAACUAUAAACUUCCAAACAUACCUGAGAAAGAUCUUGUUAUAUAUGAAAUGAAUGUUCGGGCCUUUACAGCAGAUGAAUCCAGCGGGUUGGAUCCAGAGAUCCGCGGAAGCUACCUUGGUGUGAUAGAGAAGAUACCACAUCUCUUGGAGCUGGGUAUUAAUGCAGUUGAACUUUUGCCCGUGUUUGAGUUUGAUGAAAUGGAGUUCCAACGGCGUCCAAAUCCUAGAGAUCACAUGAUCAAUACAUGGGGUUAUUCUACUAUCAAUUUCUUUGCACCUAUGAGUCGGUAUGCGAGUAAUGGAGGAGGACCACUUAAUGCUUCUCGUGAAUUUAAAGAAAUGGUUAAGGCAUUGCACAAUGCCGGAAUUGAGGUCAUUUUGGAUGUUGUUUAUAAUCAUACAAAUGAGGCUGAUGAUGAAAACCCGUAUACUACUUCAUUUCGUGGCAUAGACAACAAGGUCUAUUACAUGAUAGACUUAAACAACAACGGCCAGUUGUUGAACUUCUCUGGUUGUGGUAAUACAUUGAAUUGUAACCAUCCUGUCGUCAUGGAAUUAAUACUUGACAGCUUGAGGCAUUGGGUUGUAGAGUAUCAUGUGGAUGGGUUCCGUUUUGAUCUUGCUAGUGUGCUUUGUCGAGGAACUGAUGGUUCUCCACUCAAUGCUCCCCCAUUGAUCAAGGCAAUUGCCAAAGACAGCAUCCUGUCAAGGUGUAAGGUCAUUGCAGAACCUUGGGAUUGUGGAGGCCUAUACCUUGUUGGAAAAUUUCCUAAUUGGGAUCGGUGGGCAGAGUGGAACGGGAAGUACCGAGAUGAUGUUAGAAGAUUUAUCAAGGGGGACACUGGUAUGAAAGGAGGUUUUGCAACUAGGAUUGCUGGUUCUGCUGACCUUUACCGAGUCAAUAAACGCAAGCCAUGUCAUGGUAUCAAUUUUGUAAUUGCACAUGAUGGAUUUACACUUUAUGAUCUUGUUUCAUACAAUUUUAAGCACAAUGAUAACAAUGGAGAAGGGGGAAAUGAUGGGAGCAAUGACAAUUUUAGCUGGAACUGUGGUUUUGAAGGAGAAACUGCAGAUGCAAAUGUUAAGGCCCUUCGUUUGCGGCAAAUGAAGAACUUCCAUGUAGCACUAAUGAUAUCUCAGGGCACUCCAAUGAUGUUAAUGGGGGAUGAAUAUGGUCAUACCCGUUAUGGAAAUAAUAACAGCUAUGGACAUGAUAAUGCCCUUAAUCAUUUCCAGUGGGGACAAUUAAAGGACAAGAAGAACGACCUUUUUAGGUUUUUCUCAGAGAUGAUAAAAUUUAGACAGAGUCAUCAUGUCUUCACAAGAGAAAGUUUCAUUGGCAAGAAUGAAGUUACAUGGCAUGAGGACAACUGGGAAAAUUGUGAAAGUAAAUUCCUUGCAUUUACGCUUCAUGAAGAAAAUGGAGGUGAUCUAUACGUGGCAUUCAACGCACAUGACUACUUUGUGAAAGCUGUUAUACCCUCACCACCAGACUCAAGGAGGUGGUUUCGAGUGGUGGACACGAAUCUGGAGUCUCCAGAUGACUUCGUUCCAGAAGGUUUUCCAGGCAUUAAGAAGAUAUAUAAUAUGGCUCCUUACUCUUCUAUUAUUCUUCAAUCCAAGAUGUAACGGCUGCAUGCUAUUCGGGAAAUGUAGACUAGGAGGUCUAGAGAUUGGAUUGCAACUAAGAAACUACAUAUUGAUUGCUGAAUAGGAAUUAUAGGAACAUAUUUUCAAGGAGAGAAGUGUUUUUUAUGGAUAAUACUCUACUCUCUACACAUAUCAAGGCAACAGCUCAAGAAUGAUGCAAUUUACCAUGCAAGUAAUUUCUCAUGGUUAUAAAUAUGGAACAAUCGCCCUACUUGAGUUGGCUGCCUA